UGAAAUAUGAGUUAUUUUAAAUGCUGUUUAACCCAUUCAGUGAGCAAAGUUUUUAGAAGUUUUAGCACAAAGCAAAUAUGUGUACUCCUCGAUUGUCGAUCUGGGCAUUGGUAAAAAUGUACUAUAUUUAGACCGUGUAAGUUAUUUAUAGAAUUUUGUCCUGGAAGUCAAUAGUAGGCCUAGUUGGAAAUUCUAAACAAAAUUCGGCCAUGGCAUCGAAGCCCAAGACGACGAAGAAUUCUAAGUGAGAUGAGGUUUUUCUAUCACCAGUCUGUGUCCGGUUCUGAAGUGGAUCUAAAUCUAUAGUCUACACAGUGGUGCUGUUUGUGGGACAGCCUUCGUGGAUCUAAUCGUCUCCUGUUGGGACAGUCAGUUUUAUUCUGUUUUGGAUACGAUGACUCAAGAGACCACGUUCUGUAUACGGACCCCAGCCUAAAGAAUUACUCCGGUUCUGUUUGAAGCCAGGGUCUGCUUCACCUGUGGUUGUAAUAGGGCCGUUUGUGAAACCCAAUGACAAAGCAGGUGUCAGGCGACAUGGUCAGUUGAAGCGAGAACACCUUGAGUGAAGAGGCGACUCACUCGUUUAUGUAUUUUUGCUCUUACGCGAGGAGGUUUUGGUUUCCUGGGGUUAUUUAUAGCAACAUUGAUCCUUCAUGGUGGCCUUGACUUUAGUCUAUUGACGUGACCCAGAAUUUGGUCUAUGGUCCGGACUUUUCCCGUGGUCUCAUAUUCUGAACUUUCUGUUUUUCUGGUGACUUUGCAUUCACUGCAGUUACCUUGACAUGACAAGCCCACCCCCACACCUGGGUAUGUCGGAGGAGAGGGUGAGUGACAGCCUCCAGGAGGAGGUAGCGCAGAUCCUCACCAGAAACUUCCAGCAUAUCAUGGGCGGCGGCAAUGACUGCCUCCCCCCCGGCAACAGCGACAUCAACGACAUGGUGGACGAAGACGAUGGCUCGUUCGACUUCAUGAAGCUCAGCAUCACGGACGACGAGGCUUUCCCCGAGCGGAUCUCCGGCGUUGUCGGAGAGAUGGCUCAGAUGGCCAGUGGGGGUCAUCAUCAUCAUAACGGGGAAGAGUGUGGAGAGGACACGUCUCUGGAGUCUGCAAGUGGGUCAACAAGGCAGGAAACGCACACUGGUCAAGGAGCUACCCCCACCCGGGCUUCUGAGUCCCAGCACAACGGCACAGAGAAGACAGAGGAAGGAACAGCUCACCUCAAGUAUGACAAAGCCUGCGUCAACUCUAAGGCUCGGGACAGCCAAGAUAAAGAUAACCUCACGAAAUGUUGCAAAGAAAUGAGAAAUAUUGCAAAAGAAAAUGGUGAGGGUCCGGAUGUGAUUCCAACUGGCAGUCUUCUCCUUAAUGAUCUUAACAAUUCCAGAAAGCCUGCAACUGGCCGGACAGAUGGUGGUUUAGUCGGUCUAUCUGGCAGAGAGGAAAUGGAAAAUAUCACAGCCGCUCCGAGCGCUGACAGCAACCAGAGUCUGGCGUCGAAUGUGAAGUGUCAGACCUCGGGUGGCGUUGAUGACGCUACUGGCACUAUGUCUUGGAGUGGUCAAGAACAGCUGGUGGAGGCAGGAAACAACGCUUCCCUCACAGAGGGGAAUCUCUCGCCAGACACCGGCCACGACGCCAGAUCAGGGGUAAUCAUGACGUCCUAUCCUUCUGUAGACGGCUCUUGCAGCAUUUCAGCCGACGGCGAGGGUGAGGAAGAGGCUCAAAAGGCGCUGUUUGACGAGGCAGAGUUUGAGCUGGAGGAAGAGGACUUCAAAAGUAUGCUCUCCCUGGAUUGCAGCGAGAGGAAUGAUGUGCUGAGUCUGAAUAUCACAGAGGAGGAAGGCGACCGGGUCUUAACGGACAGGGGACCCUCAGGCAACAGACCCGUGGGGCGUCCCAAAAGGAGCCCUGCUCCCCGCCGACCGAUGGUACCGUGCCCGAUCCAGCCCAAGCAGCCCGCCGCCACAACGGUUGUCAACAGCAUCGUCACCACCACAGCCUCCGCCAUCAUCAUGCCCCCAGGCAACAGCAGGAACAGCAACAGUCCAAGUUUCCCGUUUCCGAAAGGCCAUGUGCUGCCGUUAGAUGGUGGCGGGGCAACUGUGGUAGGGAAGUACCCUGUUCGUUUUGUUCAUGGCCCCAACGGACCCAGGGUAGAGGUGGAUGCCAAAAACAUGAUUCCUUCCGCCGUUGCUAUGGCAGCAGAUGCCUCAAGUUCUCCAGAAUCAGAAGUAGAAAAAGAUCGAGUAGUUGCCAGCCCAAAAGAGACAGAGCAAAUUCCCUCCCCUGUCCCAUCCAGCGCCCACAACAUGUCCAUCUCUGCCGCUAGCCCCUGCUCCAUCCAGAUAGACGGCCCGUCCUUGCCCAGCACUCCGUCCCAGUUCCUCCUUCACGUGGAAGGGCACCCAUGCUGGCCCCCUGGCCGCAGAGACGCCCCCAGUAGUGUGUCGGAGGAUGUUCUCUCCAUCGCCGUGACGACAUCUUCAAACACCUCCUUUGCACAUUUACACCCCGCUCAGGGUCAGUUUCAGCAGACAGUCCCGUUGACUGUUCAUCAGGCUGACCCCACUCAGAAUUUGAGACAGAAUGAUUUCCUUCUGUACGACGGGCAACAAAAUUUGGAGAUUCUGCAACAUCACGGAGGUCAGUCGUCUCAAACUGGUUUUGUCAAUGACAGUGUCAGCUCCGAGCAUUCCCAGCUGUUACCAGACGAUCUUGCCAAUCUGGGCAGGCUGGUGGGGUCCCCGCCUGAGCUGAUGUCUCCAAUGUCCAAUGUGAGGCAAGUUUCUGGUUCCAUGGGGAUACACUCUGACCCCGUCGUAGUUGAGACUCAGCGUGGCAGGUACGUUGACAGACAAGGUAGAGUCGAGGUGAGCCAGGGUGUGUUUCCACAGACGGUGUCUACUCCAGGGAUGUAUCUGACCUCACAGGCUGCGCCCCGGCUUACAACUGCCCCAGUCGCUGUUUCACAAUAUGUGUACUUGCCCGACUCACGGUUUCACCUUAGCACUACCAGUACUACGACUACUGCUGCUGCUGCUGCUUGUGGUCACAGCACGUCGGGCCCUGUCCAUGGACAUGUCUGGAAUCAAGGUGAAAGUCACAGUGCACAGCCAGGGUCAAGGCACCCACAGCUGGUGUUGCAGCAAAGGCCGCCCACUGAAGAAUCUGGAGACUCACGUGGCUUGUAUGCUGUCAGAUCUGGCCAGAACGUGGUGAUUCACCAGCGCCCAGCCACGGGGAGUGCCUGGCAGCAUGGUGCCCAGGGCGCGGGCUCCUCCAGCCGCGACUCCCGCGACUUGCUUCAACAAAUGUACGACAGCAUUCCAUCAUCUGCCUCCAAAGUACGAUCUGGGGCUGAUUUGUCCAUGGAACAGAUGUACCGCGUCCCUUUUCCGUGUCCAUCGGACAUGCUUCCUGCACCAGGUUCCAGCAGGUCAUCGACUGUGAAGCCUGCCGGCAGAGUGGCACCCAUCAACGUUCCCGUCCAGCCGAAGCAAGACCGUACUGCCAGAUGGGUUGAUAGUAAUCUCUAUCACCAGCCGGAUCUGGAUGAAGGGAUCUCUGACCCGUCUGAUCACAGCCUGUUGGACUCACCCCUUGAAAUGACUGGGAUUUUUGGUCAAAAGUUACUGGUCAUACAGGAUCGGUCUGACCCCAAGCCUUCAACAACAAGCAAGCAAAGACCUCCCAGAGUUGCGGCCAACUCUUCCAGCAGGAGAAAUGCGGAAGGAGAAAGUAGAAAAGCUGCAACUACCUCAUCCACCACCUCUUCUUCCAAGAAAAACAGCCCAGCAACUACAAAUUCUUCACAGGCUUAUAAGAAAUCUUCUAAUGCGAAUGUUAAAUUGCCUCAAGCAAAUCUUAAAUCUUCUCAAAGCGUGCACGGAGUGGAUGCUGGUUCUGCUGUCGGCCCCUCGGCAGCUCUUCCUUUUUGUAGUGGCGGGGCUUCCUCCAGCUACUCCUCUCAAGUAGACCAAGUGCGGAGAAAUGUCUGUCCGGAGGACAAAAUAAAAACAAAUAUGUUUCCUGUCCUGCAGCAAACAUCUGCGUCUGCUUCUCUCACUGAAGAACAACGCAUUGCUGACAUCAAACGUGCCCUUGAACAGCCGCUGUCUGCUAACAGCAGUGAACACCAAAUGUUGUCCAUCAAGCCUGAGGAAACAGAGUUCUUCUCAAUCAAUUCGGAGGAGCUUGUCAAUCUUUUGGCCUUUCCCUCAAUCCCUGGAGCAGGAACAAUUGAGGAGAGCGCUAGUGGGGUCGUCCAGGUCAACAGGGACAGUUUCCCUUUUGAUAUCUACAUCACACCUUCCAUGAAAGCCAGUUUGGAGGGAAAGCAGCAAAUGAAACAGGAGACGAGUCUCGAGAAAUAUUUAAGGCCUCACCUUGCUCCUGCUAAUAAGUGUCUUGAACCACUAGGAGCCCACACCCUAGCAGAGAGAAAGAUUAGCACAGCCUCAAAUUCUUCAAGUCAAGAGGAAGACAGGCAGAAAGCCGUGAAAAGGAAGCAAGCACAAUCAUCAGAAAUGAUGACUUCUAGUUCAGACAGGCAGAGUAAAACUGUCCCUCUGUCCUCUUCUGCACAAACUCCUAAUGCGACUGGGUUCAGAACUUCGGGGCCGACACUGAACUCACAGGUCCAGAGACAACUACGCUAUCACUUAGCAUUGAACUCCUUGUCUACCCAGCCGUCCGGGAGAGAGGAAGUGACCCCGCCUGAAGCAGCACCAUCUGGUCCGCUGCAAGUUCAGGGUACAGGUUUGCUCCCGCAGAGUCAGUUGGUGGCAUCUCCUGACCACCAUGUGACACACAAAGCUUCUACCUCGUCUGGUUACCCCGUGACCAGCCAAAGCCUGGUGGAGAAAGCAAAGAAUCCUAAGAAUGAGGAAGUGGCUGGGAGCUCUGUCGCGGCGCCCUUUUGCCAUUAUAGGAUGGGAGAUGGGCCGGAGGCAUCACCGCAGUUCUCUGAAGCAACUGUGCUGGGGCAGGAUGCCAAGGGACGUUUCAUAGUGCAGGCUCCGCGAGCCAGUCUUCCACCGUCUCAGUUCCAGUACUUCCUACCACAACACAGCCGGCCACACCAGUCCCAGCCGGACUAUUUGCUAUCUCAAUACACCCAGCCAAAAUUCUCCCAACAAGCGCAGCCAAGACCCACCCAAAUACAGCACACCCAGCCACAACAUGCCCAGUCAGAACCCACCCACCCACAGUUCACCUCCCAGUCACAGUUCACCCAACCCCAACUGCAGUCCUGUCAAUGGCAACACAUCUAUCCUGGCACACAGCAGCUAGAUUUGGCUCCAGCCCUUGACCACUACUCCCAAACUGGCCCAACAGUGGCUGUGGUCCAGUCCACACACCCCGCUGGUGGCUGGAGGCCACAUCGCCAGAGCUCUAGCAGUACCACAAACACAUCCACAGCAACGGCAUCAGACGACAAUAACUUUAAAGUUCCCUCCGUCAAACCACGACCUUACCCGACUACCUCUUCAGGCGCUCAGAGUGGGAAGUUCAUGGGAGACAGGUUCCCAUCUACUCAAAGUCACAUGAGCAUAGGGGGGACCAGCGAUGUGUCCAUGCGCUCCGGCGACAGUCUCCCCCACUUGGAGCCAGCACCACAGAGCAGCAGACACCACAGCAUGGGCCAGGAGCCCUCCCUGACCACAUCAGACAUGUCCAUAUCUGUGGAGGAGACCGCCAACCCCCCACCAGACAGCUACACACAACAGCCUGGUAACGUGAAUUAUGUGGUUUGUUCUGCCGAUGGGAUGCUAUUUGUGGGGCAAAGUCACUAUCAGACUGCAGGCAACAACAUGAAGUAUGUUCCCCUAGAGACACAGGAUUCUCCCAGCGAUCUCAUCCACCGUCUGCACCCACAGCAGGUGCAGUAUCAAACACACAUAUCGCAACAAAUGCAGGACCAGACAGGGUCACAAGUACAGUUACCAUCCUCAGAGCAGUCAUACCCGCAGUUCCCUGUACAAACAGAGCUGCGAACUCAGUUACCUUCACAAACGCAGGUACCAGUACCUUCACAGAGGCGGUCUCGACAACAAUCACCUUUACCCAGGUCUCAACAGCGUUCACAAUUGUCUAAAUCGCAAGUGCAAAAGCGGUUGGAGGUAGAGAGGUGGUUAUUACAACAGGAUCCAGUGCCGCAGGGAGCACAGUUCUCAUCUCAAGCUUUUCCUCAUGACAGCCACAUGGCCGCUGGUGGAGCGGACACCCCGAACAUAAUGAUGAACUACGCCGCUGCCUCUCAACACUCACCCUCCAAUGUCAGUGCAGCUGCACACAACCGUGGUUCAAAUCUUGUCUUCUGCCAUGCCUCACCCAGUGGCGUGUCUACUGUCCCUCAAACAGCCCAAGGGUACCACAUGGCCAGAGAGCUCCCCUCUCAAGUGAAUGCCGUUCCCACAUUUCUACCACCCACAAAAUCCGCUCAAAGGGUGCAGAGUGGAAAUCCUCCAUAUCUAGGUCUGUCCUCGCCAGGUCAACAUCCUUCGAGAGCACUUACCCUACAUCAGCAACACCCUGGUAACCAUAGCAACCAGCCAUCUUUGCCCUGUCCUGCCACACAGAGCCUUGCACCUGUGGAACUACUGAGGCUCGAAGCGCCCGUUUGGCCUAAUGACCAAGGGUCGUCCACAUUGCCAGAUUUUCUCCCAGAUCAGAAUCGCGCCUCUUCGCCAUCUGACCUCGAACUGGAGCAGUUCAUGCUGGCUGAUUCUUUCCCACCCUUGGACUUGAAGGACGAUCCACAGAGCCUGUUUCUCCAAGAGAGGGGCAGCUCAAGUACUCCCAGUAUUUCUAACCAGAAAUCAAAAGGGAAAAAUCCCUCCCCGCCCAAAGAUUCAAAGAAUGGCAUCGCCUCAAACUCCACAUCGUCUGAAGUGCGAAAAGCUGUUGGUGCAAAGAGUAGUUGCGAGGAAAGAGACAUGUCGCUAGGCUCCGGUUCAGAGAAAGGUCACUCCAGAGGCGCGGGGGACCUGAGUGUUGAGAAGAUCUCCCUGGAGAGCAGCAGUGUUGAGAUCCCCAGUUUUGAGAAGGACGACGAUGGAGAGACGUACGUGCACUGGCUGUGUGACAUGCCGCAGCUACAAAGGGUCAAGGUCGCCUCCCUGCCUGGCUUCCACGACGCCCUCGACACCCUAAGCAACAACCAGGAGACGGCGUUAUUUGUGGCGGUGAGGAGAGGAAAUCUGGAGGUGGUCAAAUUGCUGUUGUCCCACGGUGCUGACCCAAACAUUUUGUGUUCCAGUCCAGGCUCAAAUGCUAACCUGCGCAGCGAGACGGUCAGGCAGACGGUUCUCCACGAGGCAGCAGAGACGGGCCACGCGGACAUCCUGAAGGAGUUGUUGCUCAAGGAUGGAGUGUACCUCGACGCCCCGCGGCCCGGAUCUGGCUUCACUCCCUUGAUGACAGCUCUCCACGUUCACGCACAGCAGAACCGGGACAAGAUCAUCUGGAUGUUGAUUCAUAACAGAUGCUCUCUCACUGCUAAGGACAACCUGCAGGGUAUGACGCCCCUUAUGUUUGCCAUCAAGACCCGCGACGUGCACCUGGUGGAGGAGAUGCUGAAGGCGGUGGGGGCGGCCAACGCCCGCGGGCUAGUGACCCACCGCGCCAGAGCGGGACAGACCUGUCUGCACUUUGUGGCACAACUCCGCACCGAGUCGGCCAUGAAGCAAAACCUCAUGAGAAUGAUCAUUCACGCCGGAGGAGAUCCAUCUGCACAAAACGACGAAGGAGAGACGGCAAAAGACUGGUCCAAAGCAGAUAUGACGAAAGUUUUACAAGAUCUGGCGGGGUGACAGGUGCCAUGCGGAGGUGAUGGACUCCAUGUGAUGUCAUCACCAUGCCUGGAGAAGCGAACCUCCUAGUAUGAGUCAUGAGGCAAUUACUGUCAGACUUGUCAUAAUAUGUAGGAUGUAGGUCACUCUGUCAAUUGACAAAAACCACCAGAAGAAACUGAAGAGAAACCUCGCUAACACAAUUGAAAUUUUUCCAAUAUGACCACUCAUUGUCAAGGAGAAAUUUGGUUAUCAUAGACAGGUGGACAUCUUGAACUGUGUUAUUAUAAUAUAG